AUGUUUUUUUUUAUUAUUUUAACAGUUAUUAAUGUUGAAGGAAGAUAUCUCUAUGAUAUUAUUGAUGCACAAGACAAUGUACUUAAUUCUAGAAAUGAGGAGAAAUCAUACAAGUACUUUAAAUAUGUUAGUAAUGAAUAUCAAACUGAAUAUUAUCCUCUUAAUAGUUGUAUUGGUUUUACUGAUUAUGCUGCUUAUUUCUUUUAUAACAACAAUACACAUAUGAAUUUUACUUAUUACAGUACUAUGGAAAAUUGUAAAAAUGCAUUUGCUCCUAUUGAAAACCGUACACUUCAAAUUAAUUAUUCUACUAUUGAUGAAAUUAGGAAUUCAUAUCUUCUCAUUUAUACAUAUCAUGACCAAGGAUGUAAAAACUUACAAACUAUUUUUUCUAAAAAGAAAUUAUGUUUUCCUGACAAUGGAAGAUGGUUAAAUAUCACUAUAGUAAAUAAUACAAUUUAUGGUGGUGAAUACUCUGAUUCAUAUUGUUUAAAUCUUGUUAAUAGCUUCACUAAUGAUUUAGAUAUUUGUUUUGCAAAUACUCAGAAAAAUUAUUUUUAUAUUGACCCUUCAAAAGAAUUACCAGGAUUAAAUUUAGAUUAUGACUAUAACUAUAAUCAUGUUGAGAAUAAAGCUCAAAUAAUACUUGGUUAUUUAACUAUCAUGUUAUGUAUCUUCAGUCUCAUAUAA